AUGAAUAACGAGCAGUUUCGCCGGCUAAUUGCCGAUCAGUCGUCAUCAAAACCAAAAAACCAGAGCCCAGCGCCUGGUCGUGAUGCAUCGCAUGGCGGCGCAACCACGGGCGGGUCACUAGGGUCACGAAUGCGGUCCAGUAUUCCCAUGACCCCACGUUCAGUCACUGGCGUGGACUUCGCCCGCCAGCUCUUCGAACAACGCCGCGAGGGCGAUCGACCUUCCAAGCGAUUCAAGUCUUCAGCCGCGCCGAAGGGUACCUCGCUACCGACCGGCUACCAGGAUCGUGCAAAAUUACGCAUUGCAGAGGGUGAAAAUGAGAAUAGCAUGGGCCUAGAGGCACGCAUCAAGGCACUAGAGGAUAUGGUUAAGUUGGGACAAAUCGACCAAGCUACGUUCGACAAACUCCGCCGAGAUCUCGGAGUCGGGGGUGACAUCGCAAGCACACAUAUGGUCAAAGGACUGGACAUGGAAUUGCUGAAAAGGAUUAGAGCUGGUGAGGACGUGUCUCAAGCGGCCGAAAAACCUGCGCCGCCCCCUGAAAAAGAAGACGUCGACGAGGAAUUCGAGCGUCUGAUCGAAGAGAAGGGACUUGAGGAGCUUGCUGCUGCACCAAAGCAACAAAAGGAAAAAAAGAAGGGGACUAUGGUACCGCCGCCUGCUAGGCCCAAGACUCGCGAUGAAAUCUUACGGCAAUUGAGGGCAAGCCGUGCCGCUGCCGCUGCGCCUGCUCCGCCGCCAGAGUCUAUACUCGGGUCAAAAUUCAAGAAGUUGAGCGACGGGAAGCCAGAGAAGAAGCGGUUUGUUGAACAUGAUGAGACUGGCCGCCGACGCGAAGUACUCCUCAUCACCGAUGCGCAAGGAAAUACGAAGAGGAAGACUAGGUGGCUUGAUAAGCCGAUUGAAACGCCUGCGCCUUCUGCCGGAGACCUUAUGAUGCCCGAUAAAACUCUCAAGCCCCUCGGCAUGGAAAUUCCAGCUGAGAUUGCUGCCCGUGCUGCUGCAAAAGAGGCACCCGAGGAUGACGACGACAUCUUUGCCGGUGUCGGUGAUGAUUACAACCCUCUCGCUGGAAUCGAAGACGACUCAUCAUCUGAUGAAGAUGGCGAAGUGGCAGAUUUGGCUACUCGCAAACCUGAAAAGGCUCCUGUGGGUGAAGAGGAGAAGAAGCCUGCUGCCUUUGAAACAGCACCUACAAAACACAAGAACUACUUUGGGACCGGGACGUCGACAACAGUGGAAGAGGAACCUGUCAACCGGUCCAACCCCUUCACCAAAGAUCCAACCAUUCUUGCUGCCCUCAAACGAGCUGCAGCCCUCCGACAGACCUCUCCCUCAGCAGAGGGUGAAGGAGACCAGCCUUCUGAUACAGCAGCCCUUCGUCACAAGCGAUUUAUUGAAGAGGCACGUCACCGAGACGCUAUGGAUGCUGCAGAUAUGGAUAUGGGAUUCGGAGGAAGCCGCAACGAAGACGCAGAGGAGGAAGAUGGUCCCCUGCUCGAUUUUGACGACGAGCGAGGCGGGAAAAAGAGAAAGCGUGGCCCGAAGAAGAAGAAGGGUGACAAAGAUAGCGUUGCGGAUGUUAUGCGUGUUGUCGAGGGUCGCAAGAAGGAGAUUUCCUGA